AAAAUGUGCACACAGUUAAAAUUUCAAAUGAUAUACAUUCUGAUAGUUUAAUACAUUUAAGACUACCAAAUAAAAUGAAUAAUCUUUAAUCUGGUUGGGUAUCAGAAUACUCUUAAAGGCAGGAAAUUCACCUAAAUAUGCACAAGAGUGUUAGUUGCUGGUCGAAUGAGUAUCAGCACGAAUUCCAGUAAUCAGCCUAUAUGAGAUUAAGUUAAUGCUGGAAAUCUUGAACUUUUAUUCCUUCUUUGACAAUCCUCUCUAUGAGGUUGGAAAAUGAGGCAACAAUAUUCCUACACAAUAGUGUGUACUGUGUAUUUUAUCCAGUGAAGGGCUGAACCUGGCAACAUCCUAAUUAACUUGGUUCCCCUGUAAACAGGAUAUUAAUGACUAUACCUAAUUUUACAUAAUCAAAAGUAUUGUUUAUGUCCUAUGAUUUAUUAAACUCUAGACAGCGCAACAGUAUGUUUUCAAUUUUUACAGUUUAAUCCAAGUUUCCCAUAUCCAUUUUUACAAACUUUUGAACCAUUGGCUUUUUUUUGAUCAUUUGAAGAGAAUGGUAAAUGCAGCGUGGUGCAUUAAAUUUCCAGAAAUGCUCUCUAAAACUAGACUAUGAGAAGUUAUUUUGUAGAUUACUAUAAGGGACUUGUAGUAAUUUAUAGACCAUUAAAUGUAAUAUAAUGGACUUAUAGACCAUUAUAUGUUAGAGGAAACAGUCAUCUUAAAAGUGGAAUGUGUGAACUGGGAAUAAGAAAGGUGUCAGACAACAAUGUAGUGAGGCUGUGAAGGCAUUUGUAGAUAAUAUUUAAAAUUUGAAGUAAAUGUGUUGGAUUACAAAAAGUCAGCAUAAUUAUAAAAAUGUUUGGGAAGGGUUUACACAUCAAAGCUGUGCUUGAUUUCAGAGGUUAUGACUGGAUCCAAGAGACAAUUAUACAAAGCAUAGUAAAAUUGACUGGAAUGGUUAUUCACUGAAAUGGGGUCAGUGGUGGAGUAUUUAGUUGGGGAAGGCAAUUACAUUCACAAAUAAUACAUCAAUAUACACUUUUUAAGACUUUGGAUAAAUUUGGAAGACCGGUAUUCUUAGUGUGCACCAUCACAUAAAGAGCUUUGUCCAUGAUUUCAAUAUUUUCACAAAAGUUAAAAUGACAAUAGCAUUGUUUUGCCUUUAGAAUUUACAGCUAGGUUAAUCUGUAAUUUGGGUGUCUCUACUCAAGGAGGUGUUAGGUGCCCAUUUCCUCCGCCAGCCUUCAGGCAAGGUAUAGCACCUGCUUAUCCCUCCGAUCAGGGUCACGUGAAGCCAUGGGAGUCAGUGGUGGAUGGUCAUAUGAGCAGCAGGUGCAUAUCACAAGUCCUGGUUAUGCAACCACUGAUGCCAGGCAGACAAUGUUUGAAAAGUAUUGAUAAAUGGUUGGGAUCGCAUAUCUUGUAAAGACACUGUCCAGAAGAAGGCAGUGGCAAACUACUUCUGAAGAAAAAUUUGCCAAGAACAAUCACGGUCAUCGAAAGACCACGAUCGCCUACGUCAUACAACACAGUACAUAACGAACAAACAAAUCUGUAAUGUUAGGACCACACUGUGUAAGCAACAGAAAAUUUGAAACAUUACAACAAUUCUUGAUAGGGACCUUAAUAUGAAACAUUGCCUGGUUCACAUUAAAUCUAAGAAACAGGACCGAGCACUUAUUACCAAUUAUGGUCUGAAAGCUUUGGGAGAACUUUGAAAUAAAAUGAUGGAGUUAAACAGCAUGUCUACCAAGAUAUGGAAAAUAAUAUGCAUUUGGUGGCCACUUUAUUAGUUAAAUCUGCUUGUUAAUGCAAAUAUCUAAUCAGCCUAUCAUGUGGCAGCAACUCAAUGCAUAAGUGGUCAAGAGGCUCAGACCAACAUCACAAGGGGGAAGAUGUGAUCUAAGUGACUUUGACUGCGAAAUGGUUGUUGAUGCCAGAUGAGUUGGUUUUAGUAUCUCAGGAACUGCUGAUCUCCUGGAAUUAUCAUGCACAACCAUCUCUAGAGUUUACAGAGAAUGGUGUGAAAAACAAUUUAAAAAAAGUGAGCAGCUAUUUCUGUGGGUGAAAACACCAUGUGAAUGAGGGAGGUCAGAAAGGAAUGGCCAGGCUGGUUCAAGCUAAUAGGAAGGUGACAAUGAACUCAUUUGCUAGGGGCAGCCUGCAAGUGUUGACAUGCUUUGGCACCAAUAUAGCAUCUCCACAACUUACUAACCCUAACUUAUAUGUCUUUGGAAUGUGGGAGGAAACCAGAGCAGCUGACGGAAACCCCUCUGGUCAUGGGAAGAAUGCAUAAACUCCUUACAGAGAGCAGUGGGAAUUGAACCCCGGUUGCUAUUGACUGGUGCUGUAAAGUGUGGCACUAACCACUGCUCCACUUGGCCUACUAUAUGCUAAGUAGCUAUGGGAGUUUGGGCUUUAAUAGAUGGUGGCUAGUGUAUCCACUGAGAUGAGGACAGAAGCCCAGAAAGGAAAGAGUCAGAGUUGGACAUUAUGAAGAUGACAACAGGAUGGAAAUUUCCAGAAAAAGUUAUUAAGUUUUCUAGCUCUGCAUGAAGUGUAGGAAGCAGACCAGUCAUUUGGAAGAUCCCACUCUCCCAUCUCACUAUCCACUACAUUGAUGGAUAAUGAUUUGGGAGAGUGGGAUCAAAACAAAAUCUGUUUCACAGAUCCCACAAAGAUAGGCAUAGCAUGGGUCCAUGCAAGUGACUAUAGCUCUAACUUUGAUCUGGUGAAAGUGAAUUGAGAUGAAUAAAUUGUUUAAUGUGAGGACAGAUUCAACCAGAAGAACGAGUACAGUGGUGGAGAGAAAUCCCUUAUGACUUCGUUCAAUGAAAAAUUGGAGAGCUUCUUUGUUCUGUUCACCUCCCUCCCACCUUUUUCUGCAACUUUAAACUUGUCUCAUACUGAUUUUUUCCAAUACUAAUAUGUCUAUUGAACUGAAAAAUCAAUUCCACUUAUGCUGCCCAACCUAUUGAGCAUCAUUGGCAUUUUUAACAAUUUAUUUCAGAUUGCCUACAUUUACUUUUGGAUUAAAAAAACAAAUGGGUACAUAGACAUUCAAAUGGUUCAUUUUGAUAUCAGAGAAUGCAUACAGUAUUCAACUUGAAAUUCAUACUCUUUGCAGAGGCAUCCAUGAAACAAGAACCCCCAUAGAAUGAAUCAUAGUAACAUAGAACCCCGAAGCCCCCUCUUCUCCCCUUACACGCACAAGCAGCAGCAUUGACCCUUUCCCUCGCCCCCACUUGCACCAACAGAAGCACUACCCCACCCUGCAAGCAAUAGCAGAAGCCCACAAAGAGACCUUGAUCUAGAGUCCAUCAAAAAACUGCAUUGUACCAGAGAAUAGCUACAUUGUUAUACUAUCAAAAAGAUUUGGCUGCAUGCCCCUAACAUGAUUUAGUAACAGUCAUUGGUUGAAGAAACAUGAACUCUGUUCUAAUCUGGAAACCAGCUACACUUCACUGAGGACCUUGAACUGCAAGUGCCUGGGAGUUACCAACCUACAGGGCAAUGGUAAUGUGCCAAAUCAAAUCUCACCUACACUUAAUAUGUGUUGGAACCUGGAGCUUUUGGUUGUCUGUCUCUCUACCACCCUCUAUGGGAUUGUAUUCUAAUGUAUCCCAAUUGGUUAAUCUCUACUAUCUCUGCACAUUCAGGAAUAAAAAAAAUUAAUUGAAUUUAAAAAGUCCACCAUUUUAAUUUUAAUUAGUGUUUCUGCUGGCACAGUUAGGAAUAAAAAUCAAGAUGAAUUUUAGAAAAUUACAUUAGUAACAUGCACUUUUCAGAAUAGGGUGGCAUGGUAGUGUAGUGGUUAGCAGAAUGCUUAACUGUACAAGCGACCCGGGUUCAAUUUUCGUUGCUAUAAGGAGUUUGUAUGUUCUCCCUGUGACCGCGUGGGUUUUCUCUGGAUGCUCUGGUUUCCUCCCAAAGACUACCAGUGGUAGGUUAAUUGGUCAUUGUAAGUUGUCUUGUAAUUAGGCUAGGAUUAAAUCAGGGGAUUGCUGGGUGGCAAGGCUUGAAGAGCCAGAAGGGCCAAUUCCGUGCUGUAUCUCAAUAAAUAAAAGUUGCCAUGUUAGAACUGAGAAAUUAUAGUAUUUUAAUACAAUAGCUAAAUAACUAUAAUAACUGAAGCAAGAGAGACACUACACCUUCAUAUCACCUAUGUACCAUUUUCAAGUGUUUAUCAAUUUCCUUCUCACUCAGCUGAUCAACUCUAUCACUCACUAAAGAAUAUCUAAAGAGCAGAGUCUGAUUGGAGUCAUGGUAUCCUGUAACAUGGAUCCCCACAAUGGUACCUUUUUUAUUUUUGAGAUUUCUAUUUUUAUUUUUAAUUCCCAUUCCCCUCGACCAUCAUUACUAUUAAAAAAAAAUGACUUUCUCCACAGUGCUCCUUACACUUAAGUACUAGAAUGCUUAUACAAUUCAACCUAGUACCAGUUCUCUUUUGGAUCUUGAUUACACCCAUCAAUCAAAAAUAUCUUGCUCCGGCAGUCAAUUGCAAGUCAGACUGGAGCAGACACUAAAAAAAAUGCUAAAAGGAUCAAACAGUAACAGAGAACAAAGUAAUGGCUUGAUUUAGUUGGCAGCACUCUGACAUCUAAUACAUAAUCUUCCAGUUCCAAUGCUGGAUUUAAUCAUAUGGAUAAAAAAAUGGAUGACAUUGAAAGGUUAACACAUACAAAAUGCUGGAGGAACUCAGCAGGUCAGGCAGCAUCUAUGGUAAGAGUUAAACACUCAACAUUUCAGGCUGAGACCCUUCAUCAGGACAAUUAAAGGUUCAUGGUACUGUAUCUUUAAGGGAGUUAUCCUUCAUUUGGCCAACAGUUCUCCCUUGAAAACAGAUUUGGUACAUUUGGAAACAAUAUGCAGCAUACUCAUUAAAUAUUUGAGGUAAAUGAAGAGUUUAUAUGCACUGCAGAUUAGAUGACAGAAACAUUUAGAGAAAGCCAAUUUACAUGCAACUUAAUAUAUUUAAUUUUACUUUGUAUAACUUGAAAUUAACAGAAAGAAAAGUAAUAUGAGGUGCUGAAUGGAAGGCUUAUUGUCUGUGCUUCCAAAGUUGGACCCCAUGGCUCAGGCAUUCACUCUUUUACUGUUUGUACAUUCUUGCUCUGCAAAAAUCAGCCUUGGAAUUUACCUCGUUUGAAUUAGAAAUUAAUACUAGUGUUUUAGCCUAAUAUGGUGCUAAAUAAAUGCAAGGUUUUAUAUAGAGUAUUCUAAUAUCUGUAAUAAUAAAAUAUUAAAUAUAGUCAAUAAAUUAUUCUCCCCCAUCUUUUUUGGAUAUCGACGGAUGGGAUGGAGAGAGGAGGAUAAACACUUUAAUCAUCUCAGUUGUUAACAGAGCAGCAGCAACAUGCAGUAAUACAUAUCAAACACCAAGGUAAAAGAUGAGUUUACAUAUAAAGCGACAGUCAUGGUGUUAUAUGAUUUUCAGUGAAGAUCACAUUAACUGACAAUUAUUUUAUGUAGUAAUUUACAACAUUAAAUACUUUGAGACCUAGGUUUUCAUAUAGUUGACAUGGAGGACUUACAUGUUCUGAUCCUGCAUAUGUUAUAAGAUAGUGACUUGUUCACUGUACUUCAGUAGCAACAGAUAAAUGGACAAUAAAGCUGCACAAAAGACGUGAUAAAGCAGAAAUUUCUUUGUAAUUAAUAAUUGUAAUUUUGUGACCAAAGAUAAAAACAUUUUAAAAAUCUCAAGGACAAUUUUUUUUUAUUGUGAUUUUGCUUGGGAACCAUUCUGGUUAGUGUAAGAUUUGUUUUUCCUUUCACUAUCCCUUUAAGUUCAGUUUUUGUGCACAAUUUUCCUUAUGGAGCACUGUCCCAAUAUGACUUUUUCCAUGUAAAUUUGUACAACAUCAUUUUGUUUUCGUACCAACAGAAGUGAUUAGACAAUUCUGACUUUUGAAUAUUUGAUUGCUAACAAAAUUGUCAUUAGAGAAACCUAAGGCUCUUAGAAUCUGAGACAGAAGGUGAAGGAAGAAGAGCACCAUUAAGGCAUGUGUAAGUAAUCACUUUAGUAUUUGAAAAAAAAUCUGUGGUGCAAAUAAAAACACACUAAUUACAACAAUUUAGAAUAUGAAUAAGUUUGCAAUUUAUUCCUAACAAUUUAUUUAGAUAAAAAUGCCAGAUUUUACUAUUCUGACAGGAGGUAAAUUUAAAAAGAUAGAUUUAUUAUUGAGAUAUCUCAUGAUAUCCCACUGAGAUGCUGCAGCUUUAAAAUACAGCAGUUAAGACAAAUUAACAUUUCUGGUUACAUUUUAAAGAGAAACAAAAUGAAAUGUAGUUUUCAACAAAGACUGUGAAUAAAGCUUAUUUCACAGCAUUGGAUAAUACUUUCUACUGCUUUGAUUAAAUGUGUAAGCAAACCAAUGGAAUUAUAGUCACUUAGACAUUUAAUAAUUCAAACAGUCAAAAUAAUGAACCUGAGAAAAGUGUUGCUACUAGAUUGAGACAUAUUUACCCUUGAGGGUACAGAAGUGAAGACUGAACAUCAAAUACAAUUUUAAAAAAUGAAAUUUUACACAGCAUCCAACUUGUGCGUGAGGCCAGUUCCAUUAAAAGCUUACUGCAAUAACUACUUUGACUUUGUUGAGUAAAUGAUCAUUCCAACACAAACAGUUCUUUGAAUAUUAACAGAUUAGAAGCUUACCACAUCCAUUUUCUUGGGUGAAUGUAAGACAGGGACAAAAAUGGCUUUGAACAAUGCCCCUUUUCCCCUAUGUUAAAUUAGUGAUGGGGGCCAGGACAUUUCAUGUCUCUAAUAUCACUUUCGAGAUCUCCCGUAUCAGGCAUGUCUUAUUGCAUAAUGUAACAUUUGGUCCAACUCCAACCACGCACAGUAGAACACCAUCACCAUGACAGUUUCCCAGCCCAUAUUUCUCUUUGUGAUACUGCCAAAUGGUACCCAACUAAAAGUGGUUUGGUGUACCAUGAGUGUAACACCACACAAAAAUAGCCAAAGUGCGAAUAUAUUGUAGCCCUUUUUAUUUCAUUCGUCUGGACUGGACUUGGGUAUCAAUAUUAACAAGACUGCAUGGACUCUUUCCAUAUCUGCCCCAACACCCAUGAACUCUGCUACACUCACUCACCACAUGACAUUUGAAAUUCUGUGCGCAAUCAAUGGUUGAAGUGCCAACCAGCAUUUUAAGCAUGAUAGACUGGCAAAUAAAAGCAACUGUCUGUAAUAGAAUCAUCAGAAAAUACUGAAAGCAAUCAAAAGUGAGAAUGAGAUCUAUGGGACUCUACCCAAACUGUUAAACUAUCUUUCUCUCAGGGGCCAACUGCUUUAAUACAUAUUCUUUGUUCCCCACAUACUGCUUGCUUCCACUCUCAUCUCACUACCAGUUGCUGUUGUUUCAUUACUGCCUAACCAAUCUUUCUCACCUUUAUUUUUCCAUUUAUUGUGGGAUGUUGGUGUCAUAUGAAUAGCAAGAGAAAAGAGGAAAAUAAAACAUUAAGCACCAGUCAGAUGCUAAAGCACAAGAUAUACAGAGCAGUUAGUUCCACACACUUAAAACACAGAGGAUGUCUUAGGAGAUGAGUGGUAAAGAAGUUACAGUUUUAGCCUUGGGUUAAGCAAUGAAACUGGGAAUAAAUUAGGCAUUAGGAGCAACACUCACUGACAACAGUGCAGCAUGCAAGUUCAUUACCAACAGACCAAGUCGAAAAGGAUAAUUAACUAAAGUACAAAUAUUGAAGGUAUAGUAUACAGUAGUGAAGGAUAUAUUUAAAAACAUUAAAAUAUUUAAUCCACAAUAUUUUAAGUGAUUUUCCCCAUUCUCUCCAUGUGGAAUUUGGAAAGUUUUUAAUAAGCUCCCAUAUGGCAGCCUGAUCAAACACAAAAACUUAGAGGAGCAACAAACAGAAAGCAGUGAAUUGAAUCCAAAAUUACCAGAAUGCAAGAGCAAUGACUGAUGUGUAUUUCUGUGAGUGAAGGCUGUUACCCAUGAAAUUUCACUUGGCCCCUUGCCUUCUGUAAUAUAUAUUAAUAGUUCAAAUUUAACUGCAGGGGAAAAGACAGCGUCUACGGAUGAUACAAAAAUAGGCCAUGUUGUUGAAUAUGGAUAGCCUUAAAGAGUGCAGAAAGAUAUAGUUGGUCUGUCAGUUGUGCGGAAAAUUAGCAAUUUUUAUCUAGGGGAAUGUGAGCUAAUGCAUUUGCAGACAAUGGGAAGGUAUUGGGACUGUGGAGAAACAAAGUCACUGAUCAAAAGAUAGGAGGACAGGUCAAUAAUAUGUUUUAAAAAGGUUUACUGGAUGUUUUCUCUUAUUAGCUGAGACCACAGGAACCCCUGGUUUAGCAGAACUACAUAUAACACUAUUUAAACCACAUCUUGUGUAGUACAUAUAGUUCUGGUCACCACGUUGGAGGAAAGACUUGCUGGAGAAAGUGCAGAGAAAGUUUGAGGAUGUUGCCAGAACUGUAAAAUUUGAGCUGUGAUGAAUGCUUAUAUAAUGGAAGCAGCUGAGGUAUAUGAAAAUCUGUGAGACUUCAGUAACUAGGAAGGACCCAUUUCCCAUGGCAUAGGGGUUAAAAUGGGAAGCAAUAACGUCAAAGUAGGAAAGACACAGGAUUUUCUUUUCACCAAGCUAUUAGAGGGAGACCUGGAACUUUCUGUGUGGAAGUGUGAUUGAGGCUGAAAACCUCAUCACAUUCAAAAAGCACUUGCACAUUUGUUCAAUGAGCUGUGACAUAGUGCUGGAAGAUAGGAUUGCAGCCUUUUUGCUGGUAAAAAUACAAUGGGUAAACUGGUCUUUUGUGACUUAAGUGUCCAAUGAUCUGAAGUGCUGGUUAGAAAGUUCUGGGCAUCAUAACCAAAUACCAAUCUUCACCAAUAAUAGGUUACUUAACCAAGGCCCGUAAAUUUCCAACUAGACUUCAAACAAGAGGAAGAUUUCUAAACCCUUUAACUGAUUUUCUACGUUUCUUGCCAAAAACACUAAUUCAUUUAACCCAACACCAACCUGGAAGCAUGUGAUACCAUAUACUGCAUUUAACUCUCUGAGUUAAAUGUCAAUUGAGUUAUGGUAACUUCUCCCCCCAAACCAAGUAGAGAAACAUUUCUCACGUUAUCUUCAAUCCUACAAGUCGAAUUAUCUUUAAUAUUGUAUCUGUCAUGGGAAAUAGUUUUUCAUCAGAUUAGGAUCUUUUAUUUUGAAUGAAAGAUGUGACUUGAAAACUAUAAUAAACCGAAACGUUAACUCUCCAGUUUUUUUUAAAACCAUCUUAAUAAAAAAAACUAUACAAAUGGUACCCAAAACUCAAUCCUCAAUCUUCUCAUAAUAAUGCCUAGCUCUGAAAAACGUGUGCAUGUGAAACAUUCCCCUUCUCUUCUAAAUGUUUUGACAGGAAAUUAGUGUCGUGUUUUCAAUCAGACUGAAAGAUAAUGGCAGAAAGUUAAUGAAAACCUGGAGCUCAGUUCAAUCAGCUUGAUGUGAAGAAAACAUUUUUUUAAUAAAAUGACCAAGGGACUUAAAAAAAAUCACCAACUAUUUCAUGCAGAGGUUGUACUGCCUGCUCAGGCAUAUAACAGCACUGGCCCCUAAUACAGUAAUAGUUAAUAAAUAACAAAGACAUUGGCAAUAUCAGUCCCUUGAUACGUCAUGGCUAUAAACGUAUUAGCUUUCUUGUGAUUCAUUAAAGCAGAAGUAUUAAUUAAGAUAGUUAAUCCAGCUAUUUAAGUGUUCUCUCUUAAUUACUGGCAGCUUUCUAUUCCUUCUAUCGCUCUGAUCCCUCUGGACAGCACCAGGUCUGCCGAACAGGUAAUUGGACUCAUUUCCACUAGGCAAAACCAGAGCAGCGAACCUGCUCAUCAUUCCGGCUGCUGCAGGCUGCAAAUUCAGCUGAAAACUUGGCAAGGUGGUCUAUGGCUGUGUGAAGAGCCAUGGAGAUUGCGUCUGGCGUUGACUUAUUGUGGCGAUAGGUAAACUGCAAUGGGUCCAGGUCCUUGCUGAGGCAGUCUCGUCAUGACCAACUUCUCAAAGCAUUUCAUCACUGUCGAUAUGAUGAUCAGAAGGCUCCAAGAAUUGUAGGAGUAUCUUUCUGGUUCCUAUUUACCCGGAAGAUAGGAGAAAUGCUUAGAGGACUGGCACAAUUGAUCAAAAGAAAUAACCCUUUGAUCAACAACAUUUUAAAUAACCAGAAGGUAACAAUGUCUUUUCAGAAACAUUCGCGGAGAAUUGAAGGAUUAGACAAGAAUGUUUGGGUAGAAUUUACUCAGCUUGCUGCUGAAUAUGCUGUUGUCAACCUGGGACAAGGAUUUCCUGACUUUUCGCCUCCAAAUUUUGUAAAAGAAGCUUACACAAGGGCCAUAAAUGGUGACCUGAACCAAUAUACCAGGGCUUUUGGUCACCCACCACUGGUGAAGAUACUGGCGAAGUUCUUUGGGAAAUUAAUGAAUCGAGACAUUGAUCCAUUUAAUGAAAUCCUAGUGACAGUUGGGGCAUAUGAGGCCCUAUUCUGUUUCUUCCAGGCUGUAAUUGAUGAUGGAGAUGAAGUGAUUAUUAUUGAACCUUACUUUGACUGUUAUGAACCCAUGGUUCGAAUGGCAGGUGGAAAGCCAGUGUUUAUUUCGUUACGCCCGAAACCAGCAUCUGGAAGGUUAAUGACUAGUGCUGACUGGAUUUUGGAUCCUGUUGAAUUAGCAAAUAAAUUCAACAAAGGUACAAAAGCCAUUGUCAUCAAUACUCCAAACAACCCUCUUGGCAAGGUUUUUAACCGCGAAGAAUUGCAAGUGAUUGCAAAUCUCUGUAUAGAACACAAUGUCUUGUGUAUUAGUGAUGAGGUAUAUGAGUGGCUGGUGUACGAUGGUAAUGAGCACGUGCGAAUUGCCAGCUUGCCUGGGAUGUGGGAACGAACCAUCACUGUUGGGAGUGCAGGAAAAUCUUUCAGUGCUACAGGAUGGAAGAUUGGAUGGGCAUUUGGACACAAAUGCAUCAUCAAACAUUUGCAGACUGUCCAUCAGAACACCACCUACCACUGUUCUACUGGAGCACAGCAAGCAGUGGCAGAGGGGUUUGAGAGGGAAUUUGAACAUCUGGGUACACCAGAAAGUUAUUUCAUCUGCUUGCGCAAGGAGCUGCAAGUUAAGCGUGAUCGUCUUGCUGCCUGUCUUGCCUCUGUGGGAUUGAAACCAGUUAUAUCUGAGGGUGGUUACUACUUGGCUGCAGACAUUUCAGAGAUCGAUGUUGACCUGCCAGAAUCCACUGAAACGAAUGAACCAUAUGAUUAUAGGUUUGUGAGGUGGCUCAUGAUCAAUAAGGGUUUGGCCACGAUUCCAAUGUCUGCCUUCUACUCUUCUGAAAGCAAAAAUAACAAUAAGAAUUUCAUACGAUUUUGUUUUGUUAAGGAGAACACAACACUCAGCAAGGCAGAAGAAAUUCUAAAAGAGUGGAGAAGGACACUGAAAGUUCAGUGAUUAUCCCAUAGAGCUUAAUUAUUACUUUGUUUCAGAGAUACUUAUCUUUAGGUUAAUUAUACUGGAAGAUGUUCAGUCCACAUACUAGUCAUAUAUUUAGAUUAAAUAACAAAUCUAGAUGCUGUAUAAAAUAGCUGUAUUUAUCAAUAAUUUUCAAAUGCUGAUGAGCAAUGAGCAAAAUAACAUAAGAAAUAGUUCACCUUGUGCCACAGUGAGGCCACCCUCAGUGAGGAGCAGCAACACCUAGGUAGCCUCCAACCUGAUGGCAUGAAUAUUGAUGAUUCUUCCCAGUUAAAAAAAAUACCCUCCUCCUUCCCCUCUUCUGCUAUUCCCCACUCUGGUUUUUUACCUUUUCUCACCUGCCUAUCACCUCUCCCUGGGUCUCCUCCUCCUUUCACUUGUGAUCCACCAUCCUCUCCUGUCAGAUUCCUUCCUCUUUCCUACCCAUCUGGCUUCACCUAUCACCUUCUAGCUAUCCUCCUUCCCCCUCCCUCACUUUUUUAUUAUGCUGUCUUCCCCCUUCCUUUCCAGCCUUGAAGAAGCGUCUCUGCCCAAAAUGCUGUUUAUUCAUUUCCACAGAUGGUACUGACCUGCUGAGUUCCUCCAGCAUUUUGUGUCUGUUGCUUUGGAUUUCCAGCACCUGCAGACUUCUUAUGUUUAUAAGAACUAUAAGUAGUAUUGGGCCAUGUGCCCCACAAGCCUGUUCCUCCAUUUAUUUAAUCUCUGGCUAAUAUUGUGGUCUUUUACAUUCUCUGGCAGAUCUCCAUAUCACAUAAUUGCCUUAGUUUCCAAAUAAAAUUAUCCUGACCUUGCUCAUCUCAACUGUCUGACCAACGACCAUAUAAGAGAUAAAAGUUCCUCUUCAGCCAUUAAUAUUCGUAUCUCUCCUUGCACACUUCCUUCCUCCCCCCCCCCCACUUCCCUCAAAUAACCCAUGUGUCCUAAUGUUGGACACCCUAACUAGAGGAAGCAGCUCCUUGGCAUCUGCCCAUCUCAAUGAGAUGACCUCUGAUUCCCUCCCAACUCAGUGAAUAUAAACUAGUCAUACUUUUUGUUCCCAACACAGGAAUCAGUCUACUCUCCACUUACUUCAAGGCAAGUGCGCCCAUAUAGAUAAAAACCAAGACUGCACAGUACUGCAAAUAAAGUCUUGCAUAAUCUCAAAGAUUUUUUUAUUUUUGUAGUCUAACGACCUUGCAAAAAUGCCAACAUACUGUUUAUCUAUAUUAAAAAAACAGAAAAUACUGGAAGCACUCUGCAGAUAAGACAACAUCUGUGGGAAGAGAAGUAGAGUUAAUGUUAGAGGAAAAAGAAAACUUCAGAACGUUUUCAUUUUCUAGUUGUUCAUUGUAACUGCUUGUUUACUUUAUAAUUCAUGAAUUGCCUCCCCAAGAUUCCCCUGCCCAUCAACAUUUACUAACUUCAUAAAAUAAAAUUUCUGUUCUUUGUCUAAAUGAAUCACAGACUUUAACCAACUUUGCUUUAUCUGCAAUUUCUUGCCCAUCUGUUUAACUUCCUUUUAUACCUCUUCAGACUUUUUGUGCCAUUUUUGAAGUUUCUUUUUAUCCUCUAAGAGUGUGUCAUCAGGAAACUUUGGAUACAUCUAAUUAAUUAACAUUAAUUUUAAAUAUCUGAGUGCCACUAAUAACCCAACAGCUUGAUAGCUUUAUUUCUCCUCAGACUAUUACUGAAUCCUCUGUCUAAUAAUCCAGCACCAGAAACCCUAUUUUCUCUAACAUCCUUUUGAGUACUGAUGCAAGUUUUCAGUCCGAAAUGUCAACAUCUCCCCCACAUCCAAAAGAUUCUGUUUAAUCCACUGCAUUCCUCCAGCAGUUUGUUGAUCCUUCUGAGUAACCACUUUUUGAAAACACAGGUAAUUUAGAUAGUUUUGCCUUAGUUACUUUAUUCCCAAUUUAAUGUCUCGUCAUUAUUUCUGUAGAACACACAUUUUUUUGCUGCCCUCCUUUUACAUUGCAGCUGAAAUUCAUAGUUGUUUACAUUCUGGAGUUCUUGUUUGUGAAUUCUCUUUUGACUGUGUAAUGCCCUGGUUCACAUCUUUACUGUUAUGCUGAAAGCAUUUCAUUUAGCAGCUCUGUAAGAACUGCUGUUCUCUUUCAGCCUGUUCGGGUUAUUGUUGAAGAUAAGGUAUGAUGUGGAGUGUGUGCCAUCCAAUUAGCGGGAGGUUUUCUUGGUGAGGGACAAUAAGGUUGGGCUUGGGGUUUUGUUUUGUUAGAGAGGAGGUAAAGCAAGACGACAUUGGGGAGAACUGGUCGUAGCAUACGAUCCAGUGGGAGACCCGUUUGUUCGAGAUGGAUUGCAAGCGAUGUUCAGCAGGUGGUGCCAAGGGACCAGCGCGCGAGUGACAGAGAAGUUCAAGGUGGGCUCCAACUUGUGCACAUUUGAUUGUUUAAUUAGAAUGGGCCCUUUUCUUUUUGUUAUUCUUUACUAAUCCUUCAGUUAAGAUUCAGAAAUAUGAUUCUUUUAAUUGUAUGCAGUGUACUGUCUGUUAUUUCUUGGCAUUAAUUUGUUACAGGGUAGCAAAUGACAGCAUCCACACAAACUGAGUUUUGGGGUGGGAUCAAGCGUGCUUCAGUCUCAUGAGUUUGACAGGGUAGGAGAUUGUCUUCCCUAGACUAAUGCAGCCAAGGAAAGCGUUUUUUUUCCGACUGAAAUUAAUGUUGUUGUCAAUGCUAAUUGCGAUCUUCCAAUAAGAUAAUCUCUGAUAGUUUUGGAAACCAGUUAAUUAUGAUAUAAACAUUUAUUUAUUUCUCUCAGUCUGCAUAAUCAAAUACUGUAAUGUCCUAAUGUCGGAAGAUUAAUAUGUAUAAAAAUCUUUCAUGAUGUAGUGUAAUUACACAUGCUUUCAAAAAAUGCAUGGUGCAUUCAAAAAAAUAAAUUAUAUCUGAUUGGCAGACAUUUAUUCUCAUGAUAUUUCAUUACUGAUAGUAAGGCAGAAUGCUUGUGGUUAGUAGUGAGACCAUGCAGAGAUCUACAUAAAGUAGAGAAGUACUUGGAGAAAAUGGUUUUAUCUCUAUGUACUAUAACCAUUCAGAAGGGUUCAAAAUAUCAAUUUUAACCAUGUCUCCUGAUGCUACAACACUUAUCAUCUUUAAUCCGUUCUACGCUUUGAUCCUUCUACAAUUUAAACAUGUACAAAAAAGGUGUUUUUUGUAUUUAUUUGCCGUUUGUUCAUUAGUAUUUGCUCAUUUCUAUUUUCAGUUUCCUUCUGUAUGGUCUUCAGAAAGUGUCAAAUCUGUAUUUCAAUGUGUCAACUUUGAAAGUCUCCCAUUAUUCUUUUAAUAAUUAAACCCAGAUGAACAGGGCUGAUUUUUUUUAAACUUAAAUUAUUCCUUCUAGAACUGUCUAUUGAAGAGAACUAACAAACAAGUAGAGAAACAUACAGUAAAUAAGCAUCUAAUUCAACAUGGAGUAUGUUUUUGUCCACUUCCAGCCAAACAUUAUUAUCAUUUGAAACAUUCCAAUUACAUACCUAAGGAACCAAGUGAUUGUAAUUAUUGUGCUCAAUACUAACCUCCUAAAAUGGGCACUGCGUUCUGUCACAUCAAGAAAAGUCCAGAUGAACAGAGAAAAUUAUUGAAGGAUGUAGUCAAAACACUCCUUAAAACUAUUGCCCUUGACAAUUCAAAAGGGAAAGAACAUAUGGGAUUACACAGAAGCCCUGAAUAAACAUAGACAAAGUGCACCAGCUCCUGAACUAUCCAGCUGCCUACCCCUUUGGGCAUGUCACACUGAUGUCAUUGGCCACCUCAAAACAGAGUGGAAUGGAAGUAAAUCAUCCUUAAUCCUCAGAGAUUAACUAAAUACAUAUUGAUGCAACAAUUCCUCUUCAGCACAUUUCAGAACUUUCCCAGUUUACGUAAGAUAAUUGAAACCCCUGCCACCCCCAUUAUCACUACUGGUUCUGUUUUUCAGAUCACUCUGCAGAUUGGAUCCUUCCUUAAUUUACAAAUUUGUCUCUUUAUCUCCUUUCCAUCAGUUGGGACAGUAUAUAGUAACAACUCUCUUUUCCUUCAACUUAGUGUAAGUCUUUGAACUCAAAUGCACAUCAACCAUUUCUGGGACAAGUGCAAUAUAUUUCAACAUGCUUUCAUCUUUUUUUAUAUUUUUGGUUCUCCACUUGCUGUUUAUACCACUGCAUCAUAAUAAUGUAGCAUCUUUGAAGCUCAAGCAAUGUUGCUUCCUGUAAUUCAUGUAUUUCUAUGCAUUCUAAUCCACCUAAGUUAAAAU